CUCUAAAUGGACCAUAAUGUACUAAAUGAACAUCAUGCUGUAUUGAAGAAGACUUGGAGGAACCAAAUUUGGGCUUUCCCCCACCUUACCUCCCUAAUUUCCUAUUUAUUUAAGCAUAUACCACAGGCCUUCAUCACAUGGUUUAUCAUAACCUUUCUCCAUACAUGUGUUUGCAUCCUCUGGAUUAUCAGACUCAGAGUUCUCCCUCCGUUCGUCUCCUUCCUCAGGCCCACGGAUCUGUUCCGCAGCUGCAACGUCCAGUCGGACCAGGGCGCCAUGAGCGACAUCAAGCUGUGGUCCAACGGGACGAUCAAGAUGCCGUUCAUGAACAUCCCCGUGCUGGACAUCAGGAAGUGUCUGCCGGACAUGUGGAAGGCCGUGGCCUGCUCCCUGCAGAUCAAGCCCUGCCACAGCAAGUCCAGAGGGAGCGUCAUAUGCAAGUCGGAUUGCCUGGACAUCCUGACCCAGUGCGGGGACAGGAAGCGUUUCCACGAAGGACAAACUGCAGAGAGGAUCUGUGAGCUGCUGUCGCCCAUCGACGACCCUGAACGCUGCAUCCCCCUCCACAGAUACCUCAUCCCCAGUUCCCUAGGCAACAGCAUCGUGGAGGAGGUCAUCCACCCGUGCAACCCCAACCCCUGUCCCAGCAACCACUUGUGCCAGGUCAACAGGAGGGGCUGCCUCGACGAACUCAACUGUCAGCCGUUCCUCUGCGUGCCGGGCUGUAAACUGGGCGAGGCCUCCGAGUUUCUGGUGCAGCAGGAGGCCCGCAUCCAGGUGCCGACUCGCAGCGGUCCGAUGGGGUGCCACGAGGUCUGCAGCUGUGGUGUCAGCGGGCGCCUGGAGAACUGUGCGGAGAUGCCCUGCGUGGACACCGACGGGCCCUGCAUCGUAAACGGACAGAGGAAGAGUGAGACCUCCCGCAUGUCUGUCUGCAUAUCCAAAGAGUUUCUUGAUCUCCUGGUAGUGUGAUAGAAACGGCAGUGAUUAUGACACCAUUGGUGAGAGGAGAGGAGAGUUAUAUUUGGACACUUUUUACUACAUUUACAAUACUUACUUAGAGAUGUUUCCAUUUAUUUCCAUUGACUUUCCUCCGGGUGUAACUGUUGCAUAGCAUGGAAUCAUCAUGGAACCAGCUGAUAAAACCAACGUGUCAAUAUAUGGCCCAUAUGAACUAUAUUAGGGGUAUAAACGGUAAUAUGGAAUCUGUUUGACAUUUCUGACCUGACACUCAGAAUGCUGUUUAACAAGGGAUGGAAAUGGGAAAGUAUGCAAACUUCUUUUUUUACAAAAAAUAGGGCAAAUUACAAACCAUACUAAUAACACUAAAUGACUAAAUAUUGCGGGUUAGGUAGAUAAUUCCCAGAGACUAGACUGUAUAUAAGAUGUGGACGUAGUCACCGUGACGUCACCCACUGGUUUGCAGACUGCUGUUUUGAAGUCUUGAGUUCGUUACUUUGGCCGUCGCCAACUUGGUUUUUCGCAGUCGCCAUCUUGGUAUUUUGCAACCAGAGGUGACACGAGAGUAUGGAGCUACGUACAGCCAAACGCUGAAUAAGACAUUUUCAGGUGGCCAAAAUGUUACAUACCUUCAUGAAGUGAAAAUUCACUGUGAAAGGGUUACGGUUCUAAGAUGAAAACACAGACAAUUCCCAGACCAGACAACGCCGUGGUAGGGACCUGUCAAUCACAAGGUAGCCCCGCCCUAAAGCAUCCAGCUUGGGCUCUGUUAGUUUGGUGGACGGCUCUGAAUACAAUACCCGUGAGCCUUGUCUGCCAUUGCUGGGUAGAAGAAGCCAGUCAGAGUAAUACAUUUGCUGCAAAGUCAAAAGAAUUCACCAUUGCAGUUGUGAACAAAGCAAGUCUCAGUAUUGUGAAUAUCAAAGUCCUCCAGAAUUGAAUCAGAAUCCCAAACUCAAUUCAUUUUCUGCUGUAUCAUCAGUCUUUUUAACAGUGAUGUCUUCAGCUUCCACCCAUGGAAGAAGAACUUCAUGCGCAAACGUUUCCCUUCUUAUUUUUAGGUUUACGUUGGCUUACUUCUUUAGUUCAGACAACUGUUUGUGGAGUCAUUUUUGGUUGUUAACCUGUCUUUAUGGGAAGUCUUGAAUCUUACUCUCUUAACCGUGCAGAUAACUCAUCUUACAGUCAUUCUUAUUGCCAGACUUGGAGCCCAUGUGGUUCUGUUAAACACAUACUUAAGUAGAAUGAAACACAAUUCAAAACUUCUAUUAAAAUGUGUAAUUAUCAGAUUGAUCCAGUCUCAGUCUGAGAGGUCAGCCUCACGUUAUGUCAUUAAGAAACCAAAGCUGUUAUCAGUCAGCGGCCACCUCUGCCCAACCAAUUACAAUGAGACACCACAUCAAUUCAUUCACAGAUGUAGCCGUCGCACUCGAGUGGAGAUGAAUGAGUUGUGGCCGUGAAUUCCAAAUGUACUUCUAAAGUGGUGACUGAGGCAGGUGUUAAUGCUGCAGGCUGCGUCUGUGCCUGCUGGUGGCUUCACCUCGAUCCAAGCAGGGGCCGCAGUGAGGCUUCUCUGUCUGUGGAGUCCUGUUUUUCAGCAGAGAAACAGGUUCCUACAAACUGACACCCCACACUUCUUGCUAUGUGACGGGGUGUGACGUGCUACAAAUUAAAGUUGAGUGCUCCAAUAACAUAACUGCGUCAACGAGCGCUCGAUCGACACUUCAACGGUGACCCUGCGACAAUGCUGCUGGUCACGCUCGGCUGUUGCUUUGUCGUUCGUGUUGUGAACGUGGUAUUAGUAGUUCAUAUUCCAUGCAUAUGCUUUCAAAACUAGUGUGUUGACCAAUAUUUGUAAUUGAAUGCACAAUUAAGGUGAGACACUACAGGCAAAAAACGUAUCUGGGGCUAUUUAGCUUCUCUAUUUAUCAUCUUUUUUCAGACCAGUGCAGAGAAAACAUCCAAAAUACACAUUUCGGUGUUUGUUUUUUUUAGGUUUUGUGCCUUUAUGUUUGUUUUCUUGUUUGUUUUUCGCCGGCACUCCUGAGGAGGGGGGAGCUGCUCUUAUUAAAGACGGAUGUCUACGACGCUGUUGUUUUGUGUCCAAACUCCAUUGAAAAGUCUGGCGAUUUAACGUGCUGUUGCCCAGCAUGCAACGAUCCCUGAUGAUUUAGAUCACUUGAGAGCUUCUUCUCAAAUGCAGCGUGUUUGUAUUUCACAUAGCAGCUCACUUGCUCUUAGCAGGUGAGAGAGUUCACAAUAAAAAGGUAACCAUGAAAUAUAAAUGCUUUGUCUUUAUCUAAUCCUCUUAAUUCAGUCUUUUGAGUUUGAUUGUGACUGUCAGCCUGGUGAGACACAAGGAUUGGAAGAUAAUAAGACAGCAUGUAGAAAAGCAGAGCACUUAGCAAUGAAAGUAAGAGACAGAGCCCUUAUUUACAUUCCAUUAGCGUCGUGCAUUUAUUAGUUUUCCUCUUAAUCAAUUAUAAUUGAAUCUCUUAAUGCACACAAACCCAAGUGCUGAGUCAUCUAAAUGAGAAGUAGGGUUUUUUUUUUAAAAGUUCACUGUGUCUGGUGGAACAGGAGAAAUGGAUGGGAGGUUGGUGCAGUAAUGGCAGUAAUAAAUCACCGCUCUGACAUAGGAACCGGUAGAGCACCAGAUGUGUCACAUUCAUACUAAUAUCCAACUGAGUCACCUCACUCUUUAGCACUAACAAUCAGGCCAAUCACAAUGACAUCAACACAUUUUAGAUCUUUAAUAAUAGA